UCUGCCAAUAUGUUAGGCCUCGUCCCAACUCAUAACUUCCUCAGUCUCUUCGCACUCGAGACCACGACGUCAACCGCCGCGCGAUGCGUUUACGACGGCGACUCGACUCCAUCACUACAUUUUGACGAGAUAUUGCUCAUCACUAUCGUCAAUACUCCCGUCAUGUCAAGAAUCUCUUGCCCCGAAAGACACCAACACCCUGCGACGUGAUGAGCAACAAUUACUACACGGGCAAAUUUGACACAACUACUAUAAUCGUCACCAUCACCUCGGCGCUGUCUUUAUACAAUGCAUUAGAGCUAAUCCUGCUGAUUUUCACAACCUUUGCCGUCUACCGUGGCCUCUAUUUCUGGUCGCUGCUUGUAGCAACAACGGGGCUGGUUCCUUACGUUGUCGGGCUCAUCCUGCUCUACUUCCAAGUGACCGCCAGUGUCGCUGGCCUAGUCAUCAACAACUAUGGUUGGUGGACGGCCAUCACAGGCCAGAGUGUGGUGUUAUACUCCCGACUGGGAAUUGUCCUUGGAAAAGGCAACGACCGCAUCCUGAAGUACGUCAAAUGGAUGAUCAUCAUUGACGCGAUUUGCUUCCAUACAACAACAACGGUGGUCGUCUUCGGCUCUUACUAUGCCUCGCCACCCGCUCAGGCGCCCUUCUCUCGCGCCUACACGUACGUGGAAAAGAUCCAGAUGACUGGCUUCUGCAUUCAGGAAUUCAUCAUCUCGGGCCUCUACCUCUGGAAGGCGAUGGAUAUAGUCAAGGCCCAAGCUCAGCCCACCGCCUCCUCCAUAAACACAUCUGAGCAGAAGAAAAAGAAACGUGUCCACCGGGUGAUGUGGCAGCUGUUCAUCAUCAACAUUGUCAUCAUCUUUUUGGACAUCGCUCUACUGGUCAUUGAAUACAGGAACCUGCACAUACCCGAGAUUGCGUUCAAAGGAUUCUGCUACUCGGUCAAACUGAAACUCGAAUUCGCGGUCCUCAGCAAGCUGGUAGAGGUGGCAGGCAUCAAGAACCCCAGGACAGUGAGCCUGACCAUUACUUUCGAUCUCACUUCCAAUGACAGGACCGAUAGCCUGCCUACCGUGAACGGAAACGCGGACCUCCCCCUCGACCCAGGCCACAGAUCGGUUACCUCGAAGCUGGGCCGCCUGUCCGGAACAGACAGUGCAUUGCCACCCGAGUGGGCGGACGUGCUCAAGCAGAGCCCUCCUAGGCACAUCGACGAUGUGGAGAUGGACGCUGAGAAGGCGCGGCAACAGAGCUCGUCGUCGACAUUUGACGCAAUCGAACGCGGACCAAGCAACAUCUCGACUCUCGUCCCAGGUAGUGUGUCCGAAUACCCCCACCAUCGGCGCGUCAGGAGAGAUUCUGACCUUCUCUACGCGGAUGCCAUCCGGGAGAUGGCACGGAAAGGGCCGGGAUGAACAGGGGGCACCAUCUUGUUUUGGGACUUCCCUUUGCUCCCUCACCUACCGCUCCUUGGAGGACAGGGAGUGGGUGGCUAUCUGUCCCUCCCCCGCAGAUUCAUUAAAUGUUUGAGUCUGGCACUGGCUCAAGCGUUCCAGAUGGGGAAAGGGAUUCCCGGAGCCACCAUCAGUUCCUGGGUUGGUGACGCCAUUCGAUAUCGAAUAUGGCGGUCAGGGCACCUGCCGCUCUCAGCUCAUGCCUUUUGCGCCCUGAAGAGCAACCAUCGGACGGGCGCGAUACAUGCGACUCUCAAGAUGAGUGGGCCAGCAAUCCAUCCAAUCUCCAGAGUUGCUAUUCAAAUUUGUUUUCAAGUCCUCACCAAACGUUCGAGAAUGGCCGAAAGACUAAUCCUCAGAUUCUCAGCUUUUGGACUUGCUCCCCCGUGAUGGAGAAGCCUAGAUGUCAAUUUUGCACAAAACACACGGACAGUCUGAACUGCUUCGAUUCUUGGAGCCUGGCCAGCUAUUAUAACAGCGAGUGAGAUGUCCUCCGCCUCGGGAGUGAAGGACGGCCAACACAUCACCUUUCGGAGGGCAGUGCUAAUGAGAAGUAAAACUGCUAGCAACUGAUUCAUGUAGUCCUCCACGACCGACUCUGAUACGUACUUGGUCCGGAAAGAAGGGGGCAAUUUUGUCUCCAAAGCUACCGCCGAUGGAAAUGGAUUGGAUUAUACUAGAAAUGCAUAGCGGUCAACUUGAGUGGCGAGUUGAAAUCACUCUUAUGCGCUGCUCAGAUCCAAAUCGGCAAUACUGUACAAGUCCUUUCCAACCCAAUUCCCUGGACCCAACAAUUAUAGCCAGGACGGGAGAUCUAGAACAGCUCGACAUUAUCGUGAGCGAUCCAAGGAUUCCGAAGUCCGGAUCUCCAACAUCUGUUCAACCUCGUCAAGGUAGCAUGUCCAUGCUGGCGGGCCACUCGGGCAGCUCGGCGCUCCAAUUCUGAGCCAGCUCGCUUCCGUAGAGGAAACGGUCCCAGUUCAGACUCGACUCUGGCAUGGAGAAUUGGAACGCCUCGUCUGUGCCA